AGGAGCCACCAAUACUCGUAAAGACACAUGCUAUCCAGCCCUUCCUUAGACAUUCAUUCUGUACCCGAGUGCUUUCCUAAACUGCGCAAAAAUGAAUCCUCACAUAUCGGUUCCGCGCCAGCACGCCAGUCCGUCUAAUUUCGGCGGCACAACACCAGCAAGCCGUGGAUCUAGCAUCCGGAUGCCGCGUUUUUUCAAAAGGAUGUUCAAGUUUCCGCAGAUGGACUUUGAAAUGGCUAUAUGGGAGAUGACAUCACUGCUGAUCGCUCCCAAGAAAGUUUUUAAAUCUAUCUACUACCAUAAUACCUGGCAUCGGCCUGAUCCCUCUUUCACGUAUCUACUGUCCUUCUUCUUGCUCCUCACAGCUCUCGCGUGGGGUCUCGCAUAUGCACCGUCUUUCGGGGCUAUUGUCCGCUUGUCUCUACUUUUCAUCUUUCUCCAUUUCAUCGGAUCAUCACUGCUGGUGUCGACAAUAGGGUAUUUUGUCAUCGGCCGACUUUUCGGCCCAGAUGGAGCGGCAGCCUCCCUCUCUGGGUUGCGAGGCGGACGUGGACGGAGACGUGGUGCAGCACAAGGCUUGUUCGUGCAACCAGGCGAAAAGGAUCAAUUGGAAUUUGGAUAUUGCUUUGAUGUCUCCAACCGGGCAUUCUUCCCUCUCUACCUUCACCUGUAUGUUGCUCAGUUCCUUCUCCUGCCGCUUCUUACGCGCAGUCCGAGCAACUUCCUCGCCACGUUCCUUGGGAACACGCUCUAUCUUUCCGCCUUGGCCUACUACACAUACAUUACCUUCUUGGGGUACAAUGCCCUUCCGUUCUUGCAUAAUACCGAGUUACUCUUGCUUCCCAUCCUCGCGUUCGCGAUAUUGUGGCUUGUGAGUUUGAUUGUGGGAUGGGGUAUUGUGGCGCAAGGAGGCAGCGUGGAAGGGCUCUUCUGGGGUGCCUAACCUCUGGAACCCUACCAAUGAUCCGUCGGAUUUGAUGAACUUUCAAUUGUACCUCAUUCAAGCAAGGCGUUGGUGUAUACGGUGACGUUCUCGAUACGUUUCAUAUUCAUGUUCAUUUGUACCGUUUUGUCUGCUUUGGGGGAUCUGAGCGUAGGGAUAUAUUGCCCUUUCCUAUAUAUUGUUUAUUGGAGCGAAAGCCUAUUGUAUAGUAGCUCUCUACAUUGCAUAUAUACAUUUUAUUAUUAUUAUUAUUUUUUUUUUU